AUGCUGCAACAAAACAUUGUCCUUGGGUGCGAACAAAAUCAACAUUUUACAGUUGAUCCAUAUAUGUCAGUCGAAGACGACAGCUACGAUUACCUCUUCAAAGUUGUUCUUAUUGGUGAUUCUGGAGUUGGUAAAUCUAACCUGCUUUCGCGGUUUGCUCGGAACUCCUUUAACCUUGAAUCAAAAACCACCAUUGGAGUUGAGUUCGCUACAAGGACAGUCGAGAUAGAUGGAAAAUUAAUAAAGGCUCAAAUUUGGGACACGGCUGGUCAGGAACGAUAUCGGGCUAUUACUUCCGCUUACUACAGAGGAGCAGUGGGAGCUCUUCUAGUAUAUGACAUAUCUAAACAAAAUACUUUGGACUCCUGUGAACGAUGGUUGCGUGAAUUACGAGAAUUUUCGAAUGAGAACGUGUCAGUGAUGUUGGUUGGAAACAAACUUGAUUUACGGCAUUUCCGAGCGGUUCCCACUGAUGUCGCACUGAAAUUUGCCGAAAAAAACCAUCUUGCCUUCAUUGAAACGUCAGCUCUGGAUAGUACAAACGUCAAUGAAGCUUUUAUAGCGAUUCUAACGCACAUCUACAAAACGGUUGCUAGCAGACAUGUGAACAUCGACUACGAUUCGGGCACUAAGGCAGAUCUAACAAAACCCAAAAAUGAAAAGAAGUGUUGUCCAGUAAACUAA